AGGAGGAGAGAGGGAUGGAGGAAGAGAGAGGGAUGGAGGAGCAGAGAGAGGAGGAGGAGAGAGGAAUGGAGGAGCAGAGAGAGGAGGCUGCCAGGAUGCUCCAGAGAAACUGGCUGAGACACAGAGAGAAGGACACAGUGAUGCUUCAGUCUGCUAUGAGAGCUCACCUGCUCAGACACACACAACUACACACCCAGAGCGUCCAAUCAGAACCCAGUAGUGAUGUCAUUUCCCCUGUGGAGGAGGAAAUGGAGGUUGCCAUGACGCUGAUCCAGUCUGUGUUCCGGGGACACCUGGCCCGCACCGGGCUGGGAACAGAGAGCUCUACUGUCCCUUCUCAGGGUAAUAAUGUUCCAGUCCCACUUCCUAGAAGAAACUUCCCAACACCCUCAGAGCAUGUGCAGAGAGAGGAAGACCCCUGGCCUGUAUCCAACUCACUCUCCUUCAGACUGAAACUCACCCCGGCCCAGCUUGAGGUCCACCACCCUCCCACUGCAGAGGUUGCCACGACGAUGGAUUCUGAUGAUUCUGAUGACAUCAUCGUUUCUCCCUCCCGCCCACUGAGACGACGAGAGGAGCUUCUGACUUAGAGUGUGUGUGUGUGUGUGUGUGUGUGUGUGUGUGAGUGUGAGUGUGUGUGUGUGUGAGACAGGGCGAUUCUAAUCUAAGAUUAGAAUUUUUACUCAUUCUUUGCCAAAGUGCCUGUGUGUGUUUGAGGAGUGUAUUUGCACAUGUUUGUGUGUGUACAUGUCUACCUGUGUGUGUGUAUACAUGUUAGACAUGAGCGGUGCUUGAUAGUCCUGUAGAAGCUAUUGUGCUAAUGCUACCAGCUGAUCUGAGAACUGUCACAUGACUUCACGGUCCACUAUUCUAGCGCAAUAAGACCGAGAGACAGACCGGUACCGAGAGACACGCGAGAGGACUGAAACGGAAAGGAAAUGGUUUUAUCUGAUCGUGCCUUGAUUUGUGUGUUUUAUAAAAUGUG